AUGUCAACUUUUGAAAAGGUUGUUGUUAUUGACGGUAAGGGUCACCUUCUCGGUCGUCUUGCUUCCAUCAUUGCCAAGCAAGCCCUCAAUGGUCAAAAGGUCGUUGUUGUCCGUUGCGAAGAAUUAAAUGUCUCUGGCGAAUUCUUCCGUAACAAGUUAAAGUACCACGCCUACCUCAACAAGCGUUGUGUCGUUAACCCUCGUCGCGGUCCUUUCCACUUCCGUGCUCCUUCUCGUAUCUUGUACAAGGCUAUCCGUGGUAUGAUUCCCCACAAGACCGCUCGUGGUGCUGCUGCCUUGGACCGCAUCAAGCUUUUCGAAGGUGUUCCUGCUCCUUAUGACCGUGUCAAGCGCAUGGUCGUUCCCGACGCUCUCCGUGUCCUCCGUCUUAAGCCUGGUCGCAAGUACACCACCAUCGGUCGUAUCUCCCACGAAGUUGGAUGGAAGUACCAAGAUGUUGUUGCCAAGCUCGAAGAGAAGCGUAAGGCCAAGUCUGCUGCUUACUACCAACGUAAGGUUGCCCUUGCUGCCAUUCAAAAGAAGGCUGCUGAAGCCAAGGCUGAUGCUGUUAAGGAUGUCAACUCUGCCAUCGCUGCCCUUGGUCAUUAA